AUGGGGCUGGGAAUGGGCACGCUGGUGGCUCAGGAGGGCCAGUUUGGUGACGUCAUCCAGCCCAAGUCUGGAGGCCUGAGCCCCAGCGAUGCUGCCUCGGGGGACCGGCUGGUGCCCCCCAACAUGGGGGAGGCCGCCUACUUUCCUGCGUCCACAGUUCAGUGCCAACCUCCCCAGAAGUCACGGCCCACCUGGCGAGUUAUGCUGGUGAACACGGCCCCCGCUUCAUGGGAGGGGCAGUGA